CUCUCCAUCUAGUCUAUCGCUUUCGUCGCUGCAUCUACCAAUGGAGCCUUAUGUUUUUUUUUUUAAUUCUGUUUUUAAAUUCUGUUUAUUUUUCAUAAUUUGUUGUUAUGAUUAUGAUUUUUAAAUUCUGUUUUAAAAUUUUUCAAGUCUUAGGUUUUUUAUUUUUCAAUUCUGGUUCUAAAUUCUGUUUAUUUGUCAUAGUUUGUUGUCAUAAUUCCGUGUUUAAUCUGAUUAUUUGUUACUUGCUAAUUUUUGUUAGGAUUAUUUGUUUUUGGCUCUGAUUGUUUAAUUUCAUUGUUCUUGUUCUCGCUGAAUUUUAAUCUGAUUAUUUGUUAUGUGCUUAGUUUUUGUUAUGAUUUUUUGUUCUUGCCUCUGUUGUUUUAAUUUGAUUUUUUUUGUAGUGCUGAUAAUUAAUUCUUGGGACUGAUUAUUGAUUAUUGUUUUUUAAUCUGAUUAUAUGGAUUAUUGAUUCUGCACAAGAUGAUCUGAAAGAGGAGGCAAUGAGUUCCCCCAAGUCCCUCUGAAUUCACUUCAUAUUUUAUAUUCAUUUGUCACAAUUAUGUGAACUUAAUUUGUUGAUUUGGGAAUCUCAACAUUGAGCUAACAUUUUCACAUCUCAUUGACUGCCUUGUUCUUUUUCAUUUUGUAGGCAGAGUUUUGUCUUUUUGAAGUAGUGAAUUAAUUCUUGCAUCUGGAUAUUUGAAAAUUUAGGAAAUGUCUUCUUGUUCCUCUUUUUCUUCUCACCUGUGCCAACUUUCUAUACGAUAAUAAAGAAGUCGGGGAGGAAUUCAAUCCUGAUCCGUCCAUAGCAACUGUGAUGAACUGUGCAUUUUGGGGUGUUCUACGGGCUUCCUUUUGUGCACUCUCGCGGCCUCACAGCAUUCUAGUCCUCACCAUCAAUUGCGUUGGCUGUUGAUUUGAGUUUAUCUAUCUCACUAUAUAUUACAUUUAUGCCCCCAACAAAGGACGUGAAUUCCAGGAAUAAUGUACCUAGCUCGAAUUUGAUUUGUGCGAGUAGUAUUCCCAGGAAUUUGAUUUCUAGUAACACAAACCAAUCCAUGGACCAAACACAUGGUUUGGGUAUGGGAAAAAGGAAGGGGGCAGGGUAGGUACCGGUCCCCAUGGGCCCUGUUGCCAUCUUUAUUUUGCCUCAUUCCUUGUUGCCCUACUAUUUCUCUUCUGAUCUCUUCCACAAUCUACUUUUCUAGGAUAGAAAAUGACCAUUUCCUAUGCUCACAUGCUUCGAUUUUCCACUAGUUUCUUCAAUGGCAAGCUAUCAUUUACCAGUGACAAUAAGGGGAGAAGGACACAACUCUUACCUUUUGCUUCGUUGAAAAGACCAGACAAUAAUAUUAUCAUUGACCCCAAGGUAGACUCUCUGCAAGACGGUGUAAAAUGGGAUGAUAAAGGUUUGGCUGUGGCAAUAGCUCGGAAUGUUGAUACUGGAGCCAUAUUAAUGCAAGGUUUUGCAAAUAGAGAAGCAGUGUUUUCAACCCUAUCUUCCCGGAAGGCUACGUUUUUUAGUCGGUCACUGUCAACAUUGUGGACCAAAGGAGAGACUUCUAAUAAUUAUAUAAAUAUUCACGAUGUCUUUCUUGACUGUGAUCGUGAGUCUAUAAUAUACCUAGGGAAACCAGAUGGACCUACCUGCCACACAGGGGCAGAAACAUGCUAUUAUACAUCAGUUUUUGACUCACUAAAACAGCAAGAGAUCGAAAGAAAUAGGUUGGCAUUAUCCUCUUUGUAUUCAUUAGAGUCGACGAUCUCCCAACGCAAAGUAGAGUUAGCAGAAGAGAAUGGAAAGCCCUCAUGGACUAAGCGAUUAUUGAUCAAUGAUAAGUUGUUGUGUUCUAAAAUCAGGGAAGAGGCAAAUGAGUUGUGUCAGACACUAGAGAACAACGAGGAUAGGUUACGUACUGCUUCAGAGAUGGCUGAUGUACUCUAUCAUGCCAUGGUACUGUUGACAGUGAAAGAUGUCAAAGUAGAUGUUCUGCAGGUUCUUCGGCAGAGAUUUUCCCAAUCUGGUAUCGAGGAAAAGAAAAGUCGAGUAUCCAAGAAAUCAGAGCAAGAUUGAACUUAAUGUUAAGUACAUAUCUCAAGCACUGCAUUCGGAUUUUUUGACAAAUCCGGAUGUACCAUAGGCGUUCUUACCAUUGUGACUACUGAGUUAUGCUAUUGUUCAACAAGGUUGAGUUUGAGAAUGUCGAGCACCAUGUUGAUGUUACUUUUCAUCCUCCCUAAUAGAUAUGAGAUGUACACUAUUUAGAGGUUUUGUUAAGUUACUUGAGGUAUUGCAUUCGUGCUUAUAUAUAGCAAGAUAUAAUUCUGUAUUGAAGACUUUGCGGUAUAACUCUUCGUCUUUGUAGUUCUGUUGUGUGAGAUGGAUUGUUAUACUUGUAUCUGUGUCAUAUUUUGGUUAUUCUACUGUUUCUUUUGUCGUAUUGUUCACUAUUAUGGCUAAAUUUUUACAUUGGAAAAAAUAUUGGUGUUUU